AUGCUCAUUAUCGGAGCCCUGUGGCUUCUGCCAUACCUACUUAUCAUUGCCGGACUCAUCAGCACCAUAUCCAAGAUACGGUCGCCACUGGCCAAAGUCCCAGGUCCGUGGUACACGAUCUUCACCUCAUUUGUUCUCAAGUACAAGGAAUUCACCCAUGGACGACGACUUUAUAUCCAUGAAUUGCAUCAGAGAUACGGCCCCGUGGUCCGUUUGUCACCCGAUGAAGUGUCCUUCGCCACGGUCGACGCAAUCAAAGAAAUCUACAUGUCUGGUGGCAGUGGGUACGACAAGACUCCAUUCUACUCGCUUUUCACUCAGUUCAACACGCGAACCUUGUUUUCAACUCUUAUUCGAGGUGACCAUAGUUACAUGAAGAGAUAUCUUGCAGAUCGCUACGCUAAUAGCAACGUCAUGAAGCCUGACAUCUUACUUGGGAUCUCGGACCAUGCCAAAGAUUUUUUGAGUCAAUGUACCAAGGCAUGCUCUUCGCAGGGCUAUGCCGAUAUCUAUGCCUUCCUGCACUGUUUCGCACUUGACGGCGUAACCCAUCAGCUUUUCCAUCCGCACGGCACGCAUGCCAACAGAGACGAAAAAGAUUACCGCCUGAUGAAAGAACUUUCCUACCACGACAGCCUGAAAAGCAACGUGGCACUCUAUUACAUGCCGUGGGCGUCGAAGAUUAUCCAUUACCUCAACCCCCCCAAGCCGGCGCCGUUGUCGAACGAUUACGUCCUGAGCGCGAGUGCCGCUUCCGACCCUUCUCCAUUCAGCCUCCUGUCCAAACUCCAAGCCCAGGCAAAAGCGACCGACAUGCCGGCCUACGCCGUUCCUGCAGAAUGUAAAGAUCACCUGGCUGCUGGCGUCGACACCACAGGAGACGGACUAUGUUUCCUGAUGCAUUACCUGUCGUUGCCGAACCCCCAAUCGCAGAACGUACAAUCACUUCUGCGUGAAGAGUUGGUGCAGAAUCCCACAACUCCGUUUGACCAGUUGCCGUAUCUGGAUGCGGUUAUCAAAGAAGCUCUCCGAUGCUUCCCGCCCAUCCCCAUGUCGUUCCCUCGCUGUGUACCACAGGAGGGCAGCGUGAUCGACGGCUACUUCAUGCCCGGCGGCACGAUUGUGAGCUGCCAGCCUUACACGAUCCACAAGGAUCCUAACGUCUUUCCUCGCCCGCUGGAAUUCCAACCGGGUCGCUGGCUCGAUACCGAUGCGCAGGCUGUCGCGGAAAGGAAUCGUUGGUUCUUUGCCUUUGGCGUUGGCGGGAGAGGUUGCCUGGGAAGACACCUGGCGAUUGCAGAGAUGAAGAUUCUCCUUCGUGAAGUCUAUUCGCGAUACCGAACGUCUGUCUCACCUCUGAUGAAUAGCGAUAUGGAUAUGGAGGAUCAGAUCAUCGCCAGUCGCCCUAAAGGGCAGUGCUGCAAGAUUGUCUUUGAGAAACUUGAAAAUUAG